GUUGCGUUCGUCGCCUGUCACCCGUUUUGCACGCGCCUGCAGAUUCUCUUCCACCGUUCGGAAGCGAAUCAAAGGCAAAUUGGAAUAUUAGAAGUUACAUACGUGAUUGGGACGGACUUCAGAAACAGAAGUGGAACAGAAGACUUGCUUUAAGACAAGAAUCAUUUCUCAAUUGGGUCUGGCCAGAAGAGACUUCGAUCAGUAAACGAAAGGAUACCCAAGACUCGAGAAGGUUGUCUACGACAUUUUCAAGAAAAAGAGUGUUCAUGAGAUCUGUAAUAAAGAAAUAGCAGAUUUGAUAUAACGGCGGAAUACGAAGAAGUUCGUCGAUUUUCCAUCAGCAACACUAUUUCAUAUUGGUAAUUUCAUGUGAGAUCGAUGAUUAUACUCUGAUGACAGUUCAUUUUCCGUGUGAAUUUCAUUAUCUCCGCGCGCCGAUUAUCAAGACGCGAUAAGAGAUCCGUUUGAACGAUAGAGCAGGAAGCGCGCUUUUCGCGUUGGGGAAAAUCGUCGAUCUAUAAAUCACUUCGUAUGACAGUAGCCGAGGUUGCGUUAACAAUAGAAUUCGUCGAUAAGUCGUUAUCAUCUUGUGACGUUAUUCGCGGGCCGAUUAAUGAGAUAAAUAAGACGGCGCGUAGAUUGAAACGGCUCAAUUGAAAAAGAAAAAGGAAUUCGCCCGAGGAUAUGAGCCACGAGUCGUUUCAAGACUGAGUCUCUCCAUUUGUUUCCUUUCCGGGAAAACUCGUACCAACAAGAAGAAGUAGGUUUUUUCCCUUCACCGGAAUCUCGAAUUAACCGGAGAGCAUACACGUGAAUUCACUAUGGAGAAGAAGCCGAAGCAAGAAGAAGCUAUGGGCAAUCCCAUGCAGGAAUUCAACAGCAGCACAAAAAUAGCUAUGGGAGAAUACAAUGAGAAGGACGAAUUAUACAAUCCCUUCGAGCAGCGCGAGAAGAAAAAUACUAACUCCGACUUGGGUUCCCUUGCCCAUUUGCUGAAAUCGUCGCUCGGUACCGGGAUUCUCGCGAUGCCGAACGCGAUCAAAAACGGCGGCGUCUUGUUCGGCGGGGUCGGAACGAUAAUAAUUGGUAUGAUAUGCGCGCACUGCGUGCACAUACUGGUCCGUUCGUCCCACGUGCUGUGCAAGAAGACGAAAACGCCGAAGAUGACGUACGCCGAGACCGCGGAGGCUGCGUUCCUUUCCGGACCGAAAUGGUUGAGGCCUUUCGCGAACGCUAGUAGGAUAUUUGUGAAUGCCGCGUUAUGCGCUACCUACGUGGGCGGUGCCUGCGUCUACGUGGUCUUCGUAUCGACAUCCAUCAAACAGGUAGUCGAUUAUCACACUGGUACGGAUAUAUCGACUCGCAUGUACAUACUCACACUAAUUCCAGCGCUGUUGCUGCUGGGGCAAGUGCGAAAUUUGAAGUUCAUGGUGCCGUUCUCCAUGAUGGCGAACGUCAGCAUGAUGGUCGGCUUCGCGAUAACACUUUAUUACAUCUUCAAUGGAAUCGAAAUUCCAUCGGAUACGAAGUUGAUCGCAUCGGCCGGACAGUUGCCCACGUUCUUCGCCACCGUACUGUUCGCCAUCGAGGGCAUCGGCGUUGUAAUGCCUGUGGAGAAUAAUAUGCAGAACCCGCAGCAUUUUUUGGGAUGUCCAGGUGUUCUUAACAUAACAAUGAGCAUAGUAGUAUCGCUAUACGCACUACUAGGCGUGUUCGGUUAUCUUAAAUACGGAGAGGCAGUCAUGGGGAGUAUCACGCUCAACAUACCGACGUCAGAUGUUUUGGGUCAGGUGGUGAAAAUGCUCAUCGCUUUAGCCGUUUUGUUCACCUACGGACUGCAGUAUUACGUACCGUUGGAAAUUAUGUGGAAAUCCCUGAAAGAAAAGUGCAGCCACAAGUACCAAGGCGUCUGCCACACGAUGAUGAGGGUGGUAAUGGUUUUGUUCACAGUCUUCGUGGCGCUGUUAGUUCCGGAUCUGGAGCCGUUUAUUUCCCUCGUCGGUUCAGUGUUCUUCUCCAUCCUCGGUGUAACGAUUCCAGCUGUCGUGGAAACGAUUUCGUGCUGGGAUGGUCAUUUGGGUACGCAUUAUUGGAGGCUAUGGAAAAACGGUACUCUCGUGAUAUUCUCUUUCUUGGCGUUGAUAUUCGGCGCAUGGAUCUCUAUCGUAGAUAUUAUUAAUAUGUAUCAAUAGGAAACAAACAAACAUAAUUUAAGCUCUGUAUAGAUACGUAAAUUGUAAAAAGGACUUAAUGUUCAUGUCGACUAGUUGAAUGUUUUUAAAGCACUUAUCGACAUUUGUACAGCAAUUUUCAACAAAUACCAGUUAAUCUUAGUUGAACGUUUAACGUAACUCACACAAUCGUGAUAGAGUAUAUUUAUUUUUAAGAGUAGUCCUGUACAUUGUACAUUCAUCUUCAUUUUCAUAGAUAAGCGUUUUGUAAAAUCGCGCAAUAUUAUAAUUACUGUAAUUAUUAUUAAUGAAGUACUUAAUUUUACGUAGACGAGUACAUAAAUUUUAUUUAUUGUAAAUACACGAGAAAUAAUGUUUUUUACUAAAAGAAG